AUGCCUUCAAUGUCUAUCAUUAACAUGUUCAAGGACAACAUACUCAUUGAGAUUGAUGGUGUUGCCUCUACAUGGGAUACCUAUUGUCUUGGCCUAAAUAUAGUCACUCCUGGUUCCAAGGUGUUGAGCACACUCAAGGCUGACAAGGUCAAGACAGAACCUGAUUUAGUUGAGACUUCUGUAAAGUUUGAGGAGGACGACAAGAAUUCCAUAAAUUCUGUGAACAUGUCUCCAUACAACCUACUCACUCAACACUGUGGUAAUCCAAAUGCAAGACCAACUGACCCAUUUGCACCAUGGCACUACUCAGUAUGGCCAUUUGAUUGGUCAAACAUUCCAUUGGAGGCUGCUAAAAAGAAGGCACUGCAUCAAGACAUCAAGGACUAUGCAUGCAAGUGUUGUAAAUUAUGA